GGGGCCGCUCUCAGCCAAUGGGAAGCUCGGGGGGCGGGCCCCGGUUUCCAGAGAGUUCGGAGAGGGGAGCGGAGCGGAGCGGCGCACGUCAAGAAGCGAGGAAGAUGGUGAAGGAGACGGGCUACUACGACCUGCUGGGCGUGCGGCCGGGAGCCAGCCUGGAUGAGAUCAAGCGGGCGUACCGGCGCCUGGCGCUGCGCUACCACCCCGACAAGAACCCCAGCGAGGGCGAGCGGGUACGUGCGGCCACCCCCGGCACCCACCCAGCUCGCUUUCCCCCCUGUCUCACCCGCUUUCCCCCCCCUCCCCAGUUUAAGCAGAUCUCCCAAGCCUACGAGGUGCUGUCGGAUGCCCACAAACGGGCGCUCUACGACCGCGGCGGGGAGCGGGCCAUGAAGGAGGGCGGCCUGGGGAGCCGAGGAGGAAGCAGCGGAUUCGGUUCCCCCAUGGAUAUCUUCGACCUCUUUUUCGGCGGGGGAGUGCGGAUGCGCAGCCGAGUGGACAGGCGAGGGAAGACGGUGGUGCACCAGCUCUCGGUGUCGCUGGAGGAUCUCUACAACGGCACCACGCGCAAGCUGUCCCUGCAGAAGAACGUCAUCUGUAGGAAGUGUGGAGGCUGCGGGGUGCGGGAGGGCGCCCAGAGGAGGUGCCCCAAGUGCCACGGCUCGGGCAUGGAGGUUCGCAUCCACCAGCUGGGGCCCAGUAUGAUCCAGCAGAUCCAGACGGUGUGUUCGCAGUGCCAGGGCCAGGGCGAGUGGAUCCGGCCGCGGGACUGCUGCCUCACCUGCAACGGCCGCAAGGUCGUGCGGGAGAAGAAGAUCCUCAGCGUUCACCUGGAUAAAGGCAUGAAGGACGGGCAGAAGAUCACCUUCCAUGAGGAAGGGGACCAGGUUCCCGGCCUGGAGCCUGGGGACAUCAUUAUUGUCCUGGAUCAAAAGGAACACCCCGUUUUCCGACGCAGCGGUGACGACCUCAUCGUCAAGAGGGAGAUCAGCCUGGCAGACGCCUUGUGUGGCUGCCGACAGGUCAUCCGCACCCUGGACAACAGGACCCUGCUCGUCUCCUCCCAGCCAGGUGACGUUAUCCGACCUGGGGACCUCAAGUGCGUCCCCAACGAGGGGAUGCCCGUCUACAGGAGCCCCUUCCAGAAGGGAAAACUCAUCCUGCAGUUCCAGGUGAAGUUCCCCGAGCCCGGCUGGCUCCCCACCGACCGCCUCCGCCAGCUCCAGUCCUUCUUCCCGCCCCAGGAGGAGGUGAUGGCCACCGAGGACACGGAGGAGGUAGAGCUCAGCGACUACACGUCCCACAGCGGGCCCGGCCGACGGCCCUACACCGGCGAAGCUUACCACGAAGACGACUUUGAGGAUGGCAUGCGCCAGCACGUCCAGUGCCAGACCUCAUAGCCGGGAGGGCCGGAGCCCCCCACCACGGGCGGCAGCCGGGCUCAUCCCACGGGGGGCCGCAGGGCCAGGGCCGCUCGGCGGGGAAGGAAGGGGGCUCGGAGAGCCGUCAUCACGUUCAGGGAUGUACAUAGGUCGCCUUUCCGACAGCACUUAACCUCCCUCGCCCCCCUCGGGGAGCCGGGCAGGGGGCUGCCCUGCUCUGGGGGGACCCCUGCACCCUGCUGCCAAGGGACGAGGCCCCUCUUUCACCUGCCCACAGGAGGGAGCCACGUCCUCCCUCCGGCUCCAUCUCCCGCGCUGGCGGAGGAGCCGCUGCGCCGGCCGUGGGCUCGGUGGCCAAGUCCAGCCGUUGGCAGCCCGGCGGGCGCGUCCUGCCCUGGACCCAUGACGAGGAGGAGGGGGGGCUGACCUUCCCCGCCCCGCCUCAGUUUCCCCAUCUGCGGUCCCGGUGGGACAAAGCUUCCACAGGAGCUAAUUUGGGGAGGGCAGGAGUCCCCUGCCGGGGUCCCUCAGGGUGCUGUCUGGCCCCACGCCAUGGGGUGCCGCUGCCCGGGCCCCCCGAGGUCCCUUGCUUUGCCCGUUUCUUUCCUUGCUGGAGCCGGGGUCAGGCCUGGGGAGCAGAGGGGGUUUCUCUUUUCUCUUUGCACAGAACAGAAGGGGUGUUUCGGGGGUGGGGGGAGGGAACCCAUCCCUUUAAUUUAUUUUUGGAAGAAUUUAAAAGAUAUUUUCUUUUUUUUUUUUUUUUUGGUUUGGAAGUGGGGAAAGACUUUGUACAUGGCAUUAAAAGCAAGUCCCGA